AUGCAGCAGCCGCCGCAGGAAAUCCACGCCUACGGCUACAGCGCCGGCGCCGCGCCCGCCCACGGCGUCGGCGUCGUGCCAACGGCCGCCGACGCUUCCCCGCGCCCUGACCAGCCCCGGCCUCCUCCCCCGCGCCGUCGGCUGAGCCCAUUCCGCAUCUUCAUCCUGGCCUUCGUCGGGGCGUGCGCGCUCGCCGGCGUCGUCGCGCUGCUCGUCUGGCUCAUCUACCGCCCCAGCGUGGUCCAGGUGGCCGUGCACGCCGCGACGCUGUCCCUGCUCGUCGCGAACUCGACGGCGGCCCCGCCGGUGCUGUCGUUCACACUCACCGCCGGCCUGAUCAUCACCAACCCCAACAGGCGCGUGGCCGUCUACUACGACCUGCUGCACGCCGAGGGCAUCUACCGCGGCCGGAGCUUCGACCGGAUCUCCCUGCCGAUGUCGUUCCAGGCCGCAAACUGCGCGGACCGCGUGCGGGCCGUGCUCCAAGGGACCUCGGCCGACGACCUGACGGCGGCGGUCUUCCCCGUCGACCUGUGGCUCGACGGGAAAGUGCGGUACAGGUACGGCGGGGCGGUGACGACCUCGGCGAGCACGCUGUCGGUGAAGUGCCCGCUGGUGCUGCAGCUCAUGGUGCCGUCGAGGAGGGUCGAGUGUACCGUGAAUCUGUGA